CAGACUCCCUUGGAUUUAGCUGAAAUUCUGCUGUUGGGCCUGUGCCUCGGUUGUGUGUUUUUGUAAAUGCUUUCCUGCUGACUCUGGUAGGAGGCAUCUGAUUCAUUCCACUCUCUCCCACAGGAGAGUGGGGCCUAGGAUCUGUGAGCUGUCUAUGAGGGGAAUGUUGUGUUCAGAGAAACUGGCCUGUGAACUGUCCGGAGCCUUUGAUGUGAUUAAAUCAGCAAAUCUUCACUGUUGGUCUAAUUCCACUGGCCGCAGAGCUGUUGGACCUGUUGGAUCGCAGUUUGUUUUUACCUGUGUUAUGAGCACAGGACGGCUGUACAUUUGCUGCCCCGGUGACUUACACUGAUGGUUUCAUUCCAUCACAGGAGAGAGCGAGCGAGGGCUGGGUCUGCCUUCCCUCUUAGCCAGAGAAUUGUGGCUGAGGUGGAAAUCUGUAACCUGUGGUCCCAAAGUCCUUCUGGCCUUUGUGUGAAGCCUGGUUGUGGGAGGGAAGUGGUGAGGGAAACAUGGUUCCUCACCCUGUUUGCCCCUGCAAGUCACUGAGCCUGAUGGAUGGUGAGUGAGAGAGGAAACAUUCAGAUUUUGGUCUGUUAUGGGUUUCUGUUCUAUUUCUUUCCUGUACCUCUCCCAAUUCCAAACUUUUACCAGUCUCUCCUUUCUCUCUGUUAGCAACUGCCUCACACGCACUCAUAAUCCUUUCAUUACAUUACUCAGUCAGUGGGCUCCAGAGCCCCAGCUCCGUCUUUGAGGUUUCUGAUGCCUCCACUCUGUUGGAAAGUGAGAGUUACACAAAACUGCCCCUGCGCAGUACACAUCGUAUGGGGCUGUGGAUACUGCAGCUUCCAUCCGAACCACUUCCUCUCUCAUUCUUUCAUUUUUAAGGCGCAUUUUACCUUCUAAACCCAGGACAAUCCAGGCCUCCAUUUCCUCAUUAAAAGCCAUUGGGCCUGCUGUGGCCGAAUCUCAGGCGGCUUCCCUCCAGGUGAGGUUCCCUUCUUGGGCCUAGUCUCUGAGAUGGCAGUGGUGCUCUAGGCGAUCCAAACAUGGGCAAGGCCCUGUUGUUUCCUCCUGAAAUCUUGCCUGGCUUCUCUAUCCCACCAUCUUCUCCCCUCUCAGCCUGACCCAAGAACCCCCUGUUCCUUCAGUUCUACAUAUUAACUGCCCCAACUAUAAUGUAUAAGUAUUAUGAUUGUUGCUAUAUAUAAUAACCAACAUAAUACAAUAUAUAUGUAUUGUAUACAUAUAUAAUUAUAUAUUGUGUACAAUAUAAACAUAUAUAACAUGCCUGGAGUACUGCUUGCAGUUACUUGAGGGAAUUUAUACUGGUUUUGGAGAUGGUGCAGAGGAGGUUCACCAGGUUGAGUCUGGAGAUGAGAAGGUUAGCGUAAGAGAAGAGAUUGAGUCGCCUGGGACUUUACUCAUUGGAAUUUAGAAAAACGAGAGGGGAAAAAUGAUAAACACAUAAUAUUAUGAAAUGGAUAGAUAAGAUAAAGGCAGGAAAAUUGUUUCCUCUGGUAAGUGAAACUAGAAGUAGAGGACAUAUCCUGGGGACACGGGAAUAGAUUUAGGAUGGAGAUGAUUGCCAUCUUGCGUCCUGCUGGUGAAGUUUGGCUCUGUAGGUGGCUGGCAGGCAGAGUGCUGUGUUCAUAUGGACAGUCCGAGACUGCUGCACAUGGCAUUGGCAACUGCUUCUAGUGCGCUGCCUUGCACUGGAACUUUUAACAAUCAGGUUCUGAGUGAUGCCUCAGUCUGAAUCGGGGCGAGAGAGCGUGAAAUGGCUGUAAUCAGCCUGGUCAUAAAAAUACUCUUGGCAUUAUCUGCUGUCGUCUUAAUGGCUGCCUAAUUGAUGGGUCAGGGAUGCUGGCAGUUAGUAGAGUGAGCUUGCUGGGCUGUGGUGUUUCUGAAGCAAACUAGGGUCCGCAAUUUACAGUGCCACAGCCUGCUGGAUGAUAAGAAGUGUUCUUUAACAGGUGGAAGGGCUGUGGAACACCCAAGGGAGCUUUGAGUGUGGACAAACCCAGGAGGGGCAUUUGAAAGCAUGAAUAAGGGAGUGAGCUGGGGUCUGACUAUAAGACCUAAGACUAUUGGAGUGGGAUACACAAUGCCCUACAAGACGUCUUUAGAUGUGAAAUACCCUUAGAGAGUAAGACCAUAUAUUUUGGGUAUAUACCUCAAGAAUGGUUAAAAAGAGAUGAAUAUUUAAUGAAUAUACUGCUGGUGACUGGUAAAAAGACUUUUACUAGGAAAUGGUUAUCACAGGAGAGCCCAACUUUAAAUGUAUGGAUGGAAAUUACAAUGGACAUUUACAAAAUGGAGAAGAUAACAGCAUCUGUUAAUCAUAAGCUGGAACAAUUUGAUUCAUACUGGGAAAAAUGGUUUAACUACAUAAUGCCUCAUAGGCUUGAUUUUAUUCUCACAAGUCAAUGAAUAUGUUGUAAAAAAAGAUCACUCCCUACUUUGUACAUAGUUUUCUUAUUUUGAUUGUUCUUUCUCUCCUCUCCUUUCUCUAAGUGUAUACCUCAGAUAAUUAUUAUGUGGAGAUUUGUGACAAAUAUUAUAUGAUAUAUAUGUACAGUAUCUGAAAUACAUCUUGUGGAAAUGUUUGAUGAUAAACUUCAAUAAAAAAUAAAUUACAAAAAAAAGAAUUAGACUAUUUCAGCCCAUCAAGUUUGCCUUGGAGGGAUUGGCUUUAUUGUCAAGGCUGGAUAUUUGGCUUUAUGAUGCAUUGGUCUGACCACACUUGGAGUAUUGUGAGCAGUUUUGCGCGCCUUAGAAAUAAAAAUAUGCUGGCAUUGGAGAGGGUCCAGCGGAGGUUCACGAGAAUGAUCCCAGGAAUGAAAGGGUUAACGUAUGAGGAGUGAUUGAUGGCUCUGGACCUGUACUCCCUGGAGUCUUGAAGAAUGGGGCGGGGGGGUGGGGGAAUCUCAUCAAGACCUAUUGAAUAUUGAAGGCCUAGAUGCAGUGGAUGUGGAGAGGAUGUUUCCUAUAGUGUGAGAGUCUAGGACCAGAGGACAUAGCUUCAGAAUACUAGAUGUCCCUUUGUAACAGUGAUGAGGAGUUUUGAUAGCAGAAGGUGGUGAAUCUGUGGAAUUCAUUGCUGUAGACAUCUGUGGAAGCUAAGCCAUUGGAUGUAUCUAAAAUGGAUGUUGAUAGGUUCUUGAUUAGUAAGGUCAUCAAAGGUUAUGUGGAGAAAUCAGGAGAAUGGGGUUGAGUGGGAUAGUAAGUCAGCCAUGAUGGAAUGGUGGACCAUACUCAAUGGGCUGAAUGGCCUAAUUCUGCUCCUAUGUCUUCAGGUGUAAAGGAGCCUGUGGGUCAGUGGAACAGUGACCAUAUGGAUUCCAUAUUACUUCUGGGACUGAAAUCAGAGGAAAGUUGAACUACUGCAUUUCAGACUAGCUGGGGACGUUCGCGAAGGGUCCUUCCUCGGAAACCCUGGUUCAUGAUGUGGGAGACCAUCAGCUGAAGAGGAAGAAAUAAUUUAUCCAGCCAACCACCUGGGAAGAGUUGCCUGCCAUCAUGGGGGACGGUGGGACUUCGAGCAUCGAGCAGUCACACAUACAUUUUGACCGCUUCAUCCAGGCAACCACAUGCAAGGGCACUUUCAAAGGCUUUCAGGAGCUGUGCGAGAUCCUGGGCAUCUCCAACCUUGACUUCCCCUACUUCUACACUAAGCUCAAGUCCAAGCUCAAUUAUUGGAAAGCAAAGGCACUCUUUGCAAAGCUGGACAAGCGAGGCAGUCACAAGGAUUACAAGAAAAACACAGCCUGUACCAAUAUAAAGUGUCUGGUGAUUGGGGCUGGACCCUGUGGCCUCCGCACAGCCAUCGAGCUGAUGUUCCUCGGAGCCAAAGUCAUCAUCGUGGAAAAGCGCGACACCUUUUCUAGGAAUAAUGUCUUACACCUGUGGCCAUACACGAUCCAGGACCUGCGCAACUUGGGGGCCAAGAAGAUCUACGGGAAGUUCUGUGCCGGGGCCAUCGACCACAUUAGUAUCCGCCAGCUCCAGCUGGUUUUGUUGAAGAUUGCCUUGAUCUUGGGGACGGAAAUUCAUCUAAACGUGGAAUUCCGUGGGCUCCUACCACCCAGGGGUCUGAAAAACCCAAAUCUGGGAUGGAGAGCAGAGAUCAAUCCUCCAAGCAGCAAAGUGUCACAGUUUGAGUUUGAUGCUGUGAUCGGUGCUGAUGGCCGAAGGAACACUUUAGAAGGCUUUCGGAGGAAGGAGUUCCGUGGGAAGCUCGCCAUUGCCAUCACGGCUAACUUCAUCAACCGCCACACACGGGACGAGGCCCGCGUUGAGGAGAUCAGUGGCGUGGCCUUCAUCUUCAACCAGAAGUUUUUCCAGGACCUGCGGGCAGCGACAGGUGUGGAUUUGGAAAACAUAGUCUACUACAAAGAUGACACGCACUACUUCGUCAUGACUGCGAAGAAGCAGAGCUUGCUGGAGAAAGGAGUGAUUCUGCAGGAUUUCCAGGACACGGAGAAGCUGCUUUCUCGGAAUAAUGUCAAUCAAGAUGCUCUCCUGAACUACGCGACGGAGGCAGCUGACUUCUCAACCAAUCGCAAGCUGCCACAGCUCGACUUCGCCAUGAAUCACUAUGGCCAACCUGACGUGGCCAUGUUUGAUUUCACCUGCAUGUACGCCUCAGAAAAUGCCUCGCUGGUGCGGGAAGAGAACGGGAAGCGGUUGCUGGUUAACUUGGUGGGAGACAGCUUGUUGGAGCCCUUCUGGCCAAUGGGAACUGGGAUCGCCCGUGGAUUCCUAGCAGCAUUUGACGCCGCCUGGAUGGUGCGUUCCUUUGCACAGGGGACACCACCACUGAAUGUGUUGGCUGAACGGGAGAGCAUUUACAGAUUACUACCUCAGACUACGCCACAGAAUAUCAGCAAGGACUUCAAUCUGUUCAGCAUCGAUCCCGUCACCCGAUACCCCAAAGUCAAUAUCCAUGUUCUGGAUCCAAAUCAGGUCCGGCAUUUGUACAUCACAGGCGAUCAGAAGGUCAUUCCCACAGUUGAACCUGCGGCAGGUUCAAGGUCACCACGGACGAAGCAGAGUGACUCUCUGGCCCGAUCCAACAAGUUGCUGGCCUGGUGCCAGAAGCAGACGCAGGGCUACAGGAACGUCAAUGUGGUUGACCUGACGACGUCGUGGAAGAGCGGGCUGGCGCUCUGUGCCAUCCUCCAUCGCUACCGGCCUGACCUGAUAGACUUUCAGCAGCUGAAUGAGAAGAACGUGGAAGCCAAUAACCAGCUUGCGUUUGACAUUGCGGAGCGGGAGUUUGGGAUCUCUCCCAUCAUGACGGGGAAGGAGAUGGCAUCGGUGGGGGAGCCGGACAAGCUGAGCAUGGUGAUGUACCUGCUGCAGUUCUACGAGAUGCUGAAGGACACCACUCCAGAGGAAUAUCUGUUGGGAUUUCAUGACAAGUCCAAUGUUGCCACUUCCACGAAAUCACCCAUCGCUUUCUUCAGCAGGCUGGGACAGAACAUCACUCGCAAAUUGACACCAAAGGAGGAGCGGGAUGUGCACCAGAGGGGAAACAUCAAAACCAUAACUGACAAGCUCCUCUCCAGGUCCGAGGUCAAUGUCGGUGGAUUGAAGAGUCAGCAAUCAAUCAGACGGAAGGAGUUUCCCUCAGAAAUUGGGGGUAGUGAUGUUUGCUACUUCUGCGGGAAGCGAGUAUACGUGAUGGAGCGACUGAGCGCUGAAGGGAAGUUCUUCCACCGCGGCUGCUUCAAGUGUGACUAUUGCGGUGAAACCCUCCGGCUCUCCACCUAUGCCUACAACCCGGAGAACGGGAAAUUCUACUGUAAGCCCCAUUACCGACUGGCAGGACGGGAGGCCAGGAAGAGACCAGCAACACCGCCCGCGGCUGCCCAGGAGAAGGUGUUUGCACCCCCGCUGCCCACCAUCAGCACCGACGGACAGUCCAGCCCCAAGGAGCAGCAUGUCGAGGGAGCCGCAGAGCCCUGGCAAGCGAAGCGACUGCGUGGCACGCCUGAGCGGAUCGAGCUGGAGAACAUCCGUGUGUCCCUGGAGCGGGAGGAGGAUCUGCAGGAGGUGCCCGAAGAGACGCUGGCCGAACACAACCUGAGCAACGCUCUGCUCCAGACUGGCCAAGAGCCCUGCAGCAGUUGCAGCAGCUCCGAGUAUGAAAUGGAGGAGGACGAGGAGGAGGGUCAGGAUGAGGAGGUGGAAGAGGUCCAGGAGGAGGAGGAGGAGGAGAAGGGUAAGGAAGGUGCGAUGGCCCCCUCAGUGGACAGCCUUCCAUGGGGAGAAGCUGCGGAGGUCCAUCAGAUGCUGAAGGACCGCCCAGAGGAGGACACGGAAGCCGAGAGCGAGGAUGAGCAACAAUCAGAAUCCAGUUACGAGGGUGAAUACUGCCCCUGGGAUAAGGAGCUCCAGUAUGGGCUCUGGGUACAUCAGCUCUCUGAGGAAGAGGACACCCAUGUGUUCCGAGUCUCGAGCCUGAGGGUGCGGCAGAUCGUCAGCCCCAUUGACCCUCUGGACAUCAAGGCAGAUGUGCACUGGACACACAUUACAGGGCACGGAGGGGUAGGCUCACCGGCAGCCUCAGCCCCAGAAGCCUCCAACGCUCCGCCGUUUCGGAGUGAAGCAGUUCGGGCGUGGUUGGAAUCCCUGACUGGAGAGAAGCAGAUGAACGUGGAGCUGAGCCCAGAUGAAGAGGAGGAGGAGGAGGAGGAGGAAAAUAAUUCGUCACUAGAGGAUGAUAUUGCGUCUGAUGCUGAGGCAGAGAGCCAUUUACUCUCAUAUACACAGGAGCUGGAGCAAUUAGUGCGGAAAAAAGAAGAGGCUUGUGGCAAGGUUCGAAGUCCAGAUGGAUACAUACCCACGUACCCAGUGCUUUCGAGAAGCAAUACGGAUCCUCAGGUAUCUUCUCUCAACUCUCUGAGAAAUCAGCUGGAGGUCGGCAAGCUGAACUCCAUAGUGGAGCCGUAUUGCUCUGAAAGGAGAGAAGAACAGUCACCAAAACUCGCCAGCUCUCUUUCCAACCUCUCUCCAGUGCGACUACAGCCUCUGUUCUUUCCAGAACUGACUUCACCCUGUUCGCCAGUGAGAUCUCAGCCAGCAGCCGCCCCUGCAACCCAAAGUCCAGCCACUCCAGCCAUCUGCUGUCAGCCACUAACGUCUCCCGAAGCAGCCAGUCCCGUCACCGCGCAGUCACCGGUGAAAUCCCAGCCGGUCCCCACCAUCCUAACGUCCACCCCCAUAGCUGAGCCGGGCAGAGACAAGAAGAGCAGUGCAACGAGCCCAGUGCCAGGGGGAGAGAAGCCGGCUGCAAAGGACCCUGUGGGCGAAUUCUGGCUGAGGAGCUCGGAGAUGAGGAAGAGUCUCAGAGUCGGUGCUCCGGAGCGAACCAGCGGUUCAGAGACCAGCUUCACACUGUCCACCACAGGAUCUGCCUCUCCCCAGUCCUUCACGCCAGAGGAGCUGUUCGAGGAACACCCGGCCAGUUCUCCUCCACCCUCCGGGGCACCAAGCAUACCUUCAGUUGAGGAGCAGGUAGUGCCAUCCCUCACCCCGAGCCCCUCCGCAGUGAUAGAGCCAAAGAGUUCAUUCAGCGGCCAGAGGGACUUGACCAGCACCUCCGGCCUGGGCCUGAACGGGAGCUUGAGCAACACCAGGACAGCCGCCAGUGAGAGCCUCAACAACUCGGACACCAUGCUGACCCCUCCCUCCAGCCCACCUCCCCCACCCCCUGCCAACGAAGAACCAGCCACCCUACGCCGGAGGAAGCCCCGUGACACAAAGAAGCGUCCAGCUGAGCAGGGCCUCGCCCAGGAGUCGCCAGGCCAGCGAGCGUCCAGCCCUGCGCCGGGGAGUGUCCGGAAGUCACUGGCAGAGAGCAUUGAUGAGAUCCCAUUUGCAGAUGACGUAGAGGACACCUACGAUGAGAGGACACCCGAUGCCAGCCUCCAGGAGCGGUUUUACCCUCUCGGGCAGGAGAGACCAGCCAGGCUGCAUCCAGUCCAAAGCGUGAAGGUCGGGGAGGCUGUGCCCACAGCUGCCAGGCGUCGGCCACUGACCGAGAUCUCCCCCGAGGCCAAAGAGGUGGCCAAGGAAAGGAUGAAGGCUCGGGAAAAGUCUGUCAAGAGCCAGGCCCUCCGGGAUGCCAUGGCGAGGGAGCUGAGGAAGAUGAAAGAGAUGGAGGCGGUGGAAGAAGCUUCAGCCCGCCCCCAGAGAGCUCAGGACACUGGCGCCGAGAGUGUGCUCCUCUCCCCUGCUGGGUUAAUCAAUGGCCACGAGCAGCAGGAGGCAGUGGUCGACAGCCUGCCCUGCCCAGUGCCGGCGCUGGACGGUAGCCACGAGGGCUCAGCGGCCUCCUCUGAGAGCUCAGGUGGCAAGACCAAGAAGAGGGCCUCCCUGUUCUCACCUCGGAAGAGCAAGAAGGAGAAGAAGUCGAAGGCCGAGAACAGCCUGACCGAAGAACUCACCAAGCCAAGGUCCAUCUGGAGGUCCGUCUUCUCCAGCUACAGGAAGGACAGAAAGAAGAAGGAGGAGAAGGCUUGCCUCGGCUCGCCCUCCAACAGUAACGCCACCAACUCCGGCACCAAGCGCAGCACUGACAUCCUGCGCACUGCAGUCGAACUCCAGCUCCGUCAACACCUCAGUUUUUCAGAAGACUCAGACCUGUCCAGUGACGAUAUACUCGAGAGGACCUCACAGCGCUCCAGGCGAGAGAAACCCUACACCGAGGAGGAACUCAACUCCAAGCUGACUCGGAGGGUCCAAAAGGCAGCCCGGAGACAGGCCAAGCAGGAAGAGUUGAAGAGGCUACACAGAGCGCAGAUCAUUCAACGACAGCUGGAGCAGGUGGAGGAGAAGCAGAGGCAGCUGGAGGAGAGGGGAGUGGCUGUGGAGAAGGCUCUCCGUGGAGAAGCAGACUAUUGGGGAGAGUCUAGUUACAGUGAAAUCCUCGACUUGCAUCUGGGUGGAAUGGGCAAAAAGGACGACCCUCGCCUGAUGCAGGAGUGGUUUAAAUUGGUGCAGGAGAAGAACAGGCUGGUACGCUAUGAGUCAGAGUUGAUGAUCUUUGCCCGUGAGCUGGAGCUCGAGGAUUGUCAGAGCAGGUUACAGCAGGAACUCCGGGAGCGCAUGGCCAUUGAUGACAAUCUGAAGAACAGCGAGGAGCUGUUAGAGGAGAGGCAGAUCCUGAACGAGAUGCUGGAGGUGGUGGAGCAGCGAGACGCACUGGUGGCGCUGCUCGAAGAACAGCGGCUCCGCGAGAAGGAGGAAGACAAGGACUUGGAGGCUGUCAUGCUGAGCAAGAGCUACAACUUGAACUGGUCGUAGAUGGCCCACCUGCAGCUGCAGACACGGAAAGCCUGGGCACAGCAUCAACGGUGGUCAGAAGGGGUGGCAAGAGAUUGUCCUGUGGGUGGCUAGUGGAGCAGAUUCCCAUUGUCUUUCUCCCAUUAUGGUGGACACUGCAGAAUAGUGGUUGUGCUGCAUGCCCGUGUGUCAGCCACGCACACGUACACGUCCCCACCUGAACUGAGGGCAACUUCAGCCGAUCCCGAUCAGAUACUGGCCAGCUCUAGAAUACUCUGGACAAUAAUGGACAGGUGCUCAGAGGGCAGGAGAUCCAUUCGGUUUGCACGAGUUAUGGGGCCACUAGCUCAUUUCAACAGAUUCAUAAGAACUUAAUUACUUUUGAUGGAACUGUAGAACUGGCAAGCACAGGAUGUGGACCCUAUAGUAAGUAUAGACCCUGCUCAUUCUGCAGAUCCUUCUCUUAUGCAAGGCAGUAACAGAUAUCCUGCUCCUUGAGAUGGAGGCAUGCUUUCCAUCUUUACACCGUCCACUUUUCCAGACCAGUGGUACCACUGAUCUGUGAGACCAAGUCCAACCGGAGGUAUCAUCAGGGUCUUUUGUAGCUUCCUGCCACUGAUCUUGGCACUCAGAGGGCCAAGCACAAAGUGACCCCACCUCCAUCUGUUACUGUAGGCACCAGUUACCUCUUCUUUGGGGAUGUUGGGCUCUGUGUGAUACAACAGAAACCAUUUAAGUGCCACGGCAUGAACAGAAUGAGAUGGAAACCAUAAAUGGUGGUGUAUUUAAAUGAGUCCAGUGACUUCCCACCAUUAAAAAGCACUCCGCAGCACAUUCCUUUUUCCUACCCUCUCACUUGCACGCUCUACCUUGGCAUUGAUUCACUUGGACAUUGCAUCCCCUGAAGCUCCUCGUUAUCUUUCACAUAUCCCAGUUGAACAAACACAUAAUAGCCCAUUCCAGUAGGGCAGUCAUUAAAAAUCCCAACGGUACUCAAAAAUGUGGAGGGUGUUGGAAGGAAAUGGUAUAGUGAUGAUUAAGAGGAGGCCAGAUAGGAAUUUCUGAGAGAGGGGAAUAGAGGAUCAGUUUAGGUCAGUGUAGGCGGAUGGGGUGGAACAAAGUGGCCAGCUGGUUUUGAUUUAUUAUUGUCACAUGUACUGAUAUACAGUGAAAAGCUUUUGUAUGUUACCAGACAGACCAUUCCCUUCAUAAGUACUUUAAGGCAGAAUAUAAUGUUACAGUUCCAGAUAAUAUAUAGUACAGGUCGACAUUAAAGGGCAAGGGCUACAGCGAGGUAGGGCUGGGAGUUUUAGUGUAUGAGAGAUUCGUUGAAGAGUCUGAUAACAUCUAUCCCAUCUUGUGACAGGAGAGAAAGGCCUGUUUCUGUCCCAUAUCUCCAAAAUAAAAUACCCGUCAUUAGGCACACCCCACUUCCACACACAGUAGCACGCCUGGCUGAUCUUUCUUCACAUGCACGUGUGUGUGCCAGCACACAUCCGAAUCCAUUGCCACACCACCAUCACAAACUGUGUUCGUACACUUCCUUUGGCAGUGCGGAAAUUAAUUGAAAAGUUACCUUUUCUCUGACGUGACCAGAUUUGCACAUGGUACUUUAACUGUGGCUUAGCUAGCAUCUUGUACGUUUCUCACAUGAUCUCUCCAUAAGACUGUAAAACAUAGAAGCAGUAUUAGACUAUUAACCCACUAAGUCUGCUCCACCAUUUAUUAUUCCUCUCAAUCUAUUCUCCUGCCUUCUCCCAGUAACCUUUGAUGCCCUUACUAAUCAAGAAUCUAUCAACCUCCACUUUAAGUAUACCCAAUGACUUGGCUCCACAGUUACCUGUGGCAAUGAAUUCCACAGAUUAAUCACCCUCUGGCUAAAGAAGUUCUUCCUCAGCUCUGUUCUAAAAGGAUGUCCUCAGGCUCUGCUUGACUCUCCCACUGUUGGAAACAUCAUCACCCAUAGGAGCUUCCUCUGCUCUUAUAUUCUCUGAUUCAACUAAUAAAAUCAGGAAUCCCAAAACGUUCUGAUCCUCCGGAAUAUGCACUCCAAACCCUCUGCUGGUUUACAUUUCCCAGUAUCCUGCCAAUUUGUAGUGUCUGCCCUCCCCACAUAUAUGACAUUGCCCUUCUGCAAGUUACGUUAUCUGUCUGGCCAGCUGCUUGAUGCAGACUGGCUUCUUCCACUGUCAGCCACAAAUUUUUUUACAUUAUCUGCAGUCUAUUUGCCAUAGCUCCCAGAGUUAGCUUUGUAUCGAUGAUGUGCACUGUGAAACACCAGCGUCAACCCCUCUGUAAACAGCCAUCCUAUCAAUACCCUUCGCUUUUUCCCUUACAGGGGAGACAAUUGGCAUGCUCCCUUAAAUCCCAUAGGCUUUUAGUUUCUUGCCAUGGAAUUGAUCUUGUCAAAAGACUCAUGCUACUAUAGAUUCACUGCUUGAUAACUCCACAAAAAAAUCUAAUUUGUCCCUAUUCAACUUUCGCUGACAAUUUCACACUGAUUAUCCUUGACUAAAUGUCCCCUGAAUAUUCCCAGAUUAUAAGAUACAGGAGCAGAAUUAGGCCAUUUCGCCCAUCGAGUCUGCUCUGACAUUUCAUCAUGACUGACCCAUUUCCCUCUCAGCCACAAUCCCCUACCUUCUCUCCGUAACCCUUCAUGCCCUGACUAAUCAAGUAUCUCUCAACCUCUGCCUUUAAUAUACCUAAUGAUCUGGCCUUUGGCAAUCAAUUCCACAUAUUCACCACUCUCUGGCUGAAGAAAUUCCUCCUCAUCUCUGUUCUAAAUGGACGUCCCUCUAUUCUGAGACAUAGGAAACAUCCUCUCUACAUCCACCCUACUGAGGCCUUACAGCAUUCAAAAGGUUUCUGUAAGAUUGCCCCCCUCCACCCAUUCUUCUGAAUUCCAGGCCCAGAGCCAUCAGUCAGUCCUCAUGGUAACCCUUUAUUUCCCAGAAUCGUUCUCAGGAACCUCCUCUGACCCUCUCCAAUGUCAGCACAUCCUUUCAUAGAUAAAGGGCCCAAAACUGCUGACAUGAUUUCUCCAUUCUGGUCUUAGGCUGACUGAUCUGUCGUAACUGGCUGUCAACCCUGCUCCCUUUAUCAAAGCUGAGACCACUUUGGCAGCCUCUACCUGGAUAGGGGAAUGUUUACAUGUCAACCAGUACCUCCCUCCUUGGGCAGUUACUGUACUUCAUGUGAUUCCCAACCCUUAAACAGGCACACUUCCUUCCCCAACACACUCCAGUUGUUUGACAACACUCCCUUCAGCUCCAGGCACCAGAUCCUGUCCCUAUGUCCUACUUUUCUCCCUUCUGACAUAUCACUGCCCUUCACCCAUUUCCUUUCCCUCUGCAGCCUUUUCCAGCCAAUCUGCAUUCUUCCUCCCACAAUCCUGAAUGCAAGUCCACCAACCACGUACUCCUGCCCGCUAUUCCAGCUUCAUGGUAUCAUUCCUACAGAACCAGUCACUGCCCAUCCCUAAUUGUGUAGUGUAUCUGCUUCCCAUUUAAGGAACUCCCAUGGUGCUGUUAGGAGGGAAUUAUGGUGGCAGUACCACUCCAAGUCUGGAGGGGACCUGCAGAGUGACAUGGUGUCUGCUCCGAUCCUCUCAGCAAUUCUAUUAGUUUUCCUCCACUGUCAGACAUGAAAUAUCACUGGGCUGAUGGUAUUUCCAUGCCUCUGCUGUCCUUUCUACAGUUGAGUGAGAAGUUCUGUUACAGAAGCCUUGGUCAGGAACUGCUGUACAUUUAGUUGAUAGCACUUGUCUCAACAUCUCUGAAUAAGUGGAGGUCAGCCAGUAAUUUAAACUUACAGGCAAUUGGACUUUAUUGCGCUCAUGGUGGAGGGCGUGAAUGUUUAGGGUAUGGAUGAGCCGAGCUUCAUCCUGAAUGUUGUCGAACUUGGAAGUUUACUCAUCCAGCAGAUGGAAGGUAUUCCAUCCCACUCCUGAUGUGCCUAACAGAUGGAGAAGACUGCUUUGGGAUUCAGGAAAUGAACCAUUCCCAGCAGGAUGCACAGCCUCUCAGAGACACAUUGUUCACGUAUGCAGUCUGAUUACGUUUUUGCUGAUUGGAGAUGCCCAGGGUGUUGACAGUGGAUGACUGGACCAUGGUAUUGCAACAAGUUGUAAAGAGAGGGUGGCCAGAGCCUCACUUGUUAAAGAUAAUCAUUAUCUGGCGUUUGUGAGGUGCAAGUGUUACUCGGCACUUACCAGCCUGUGCCUGAAUAUAGUCCAGGUCUUGCUGCACGUGGACGUGGAUUGCUUCAUUACCUAAAGAGUUGCAACUAGAACUGAACACUGUGUGCAUGGUUUCUGCAUCUGCGUGUGUGUGUGUCUGGGUGAGUGUGUGUUUAUUUCAUUGUAUUUCAGCAGUCAGGGUUACAGCAGUGUUGAACCUGUGGUUUAACACAGUAUUAUGUACAGAUGAGUGUGCGUGUGUGCGUGUAAUAGUACACAGAGGUGUGCAAAUAUAUUUAAGAAUGAAAUCCUGUGGAAUGCUGAGGAAUGUAAUUAUGAAGGUCAGGUUUGAAAAUUGUGUCUGUGACUUUGUGGCUGCACUCAAACUGGAGUCUAAAUCAGAUGGAAAAUAAGAGAAAUCCAGUAACUGGAUAGGAGCCCCCACCUACUGGUAGCCUCUCUGCGAGAGCAUUUAUAGGCCUGGUCGGUCUGUGAAUCAGAUCAGUUCCCAAUGGGAACGUGAUAAAAUGUGAUUGUACAGGGUGCUUCAUACAUUUAAAAUACAUUCAGUUGAUUCAGUUUUCUGCGCUGUGCCCUCGCUGAGAUUAAUUUGCUGCUUCGGGCUUGCUCAUGCAGUUAGAGAGUUGUACAGCACAGAAACAAGCCCUUCAGCCCAUUGAGUAAGGGUCUAACUAUCCAGUUCAAUCAAUCCCACUCUGAAUUCUCCCCACAUCCCCAUCAACUCCCCCCAGAUUCUACCACUUGCCCACACACUGGGGUGAGUUACAAUGGCCAAUAAAUCUACCACCCUGUCUUUUGGAUGCGAGAGGAAACUGGAGUACCUGGAAGAAACUCACGUGGGGAGAGCAUGCAACCUCUGCACAGACGGCAUCUGAUUGAACUCAGGUCUCUGGAGCAGCAAGGCAGUGGCUCUACUGGACGCACCAUUGUGCCACUCCUCUUUUAACACUUUAAAAUAAUUUUUUUUAAUGCACAAUUUUUUUAAAAACAUGUAACUUUUCCUUUCUUUGCCUCAGCUUUCCAAUCCCUCUCAAACUCCAUCGGGACAGAACUUUCCACAGGAUGUGGCAGUCAGUUGCCCAGCAUAAAUACUGGAGUCCUUAGUUAGACGGCUCCAACAACUGUUGCUGAGUAAGUCAGAACUGCACCAGGUCCGGGGAUCCAAGACUGACCAGCUGUGGAACUCCAACCUGUCAACCCCACAGCCGGUGGUGUGGAUACAUCUUUCACAUCUAGCUUCAGUACAGAGGGUGGUGUUCAUAGACACAAGUCAAUGGACCUGUGAUCAUUGAACCUGUUGUUACCCUGCAGGCAUGCUCACUGUUCUAGGGUCACCUAUAGGCUGCCCCUGCCCCCCUCCCAUUGAUAGCUGUCUGCCUAUCUGUCUCUGUACCCCUCUGUUACUACCUCUGUCUUCCUCUUCUCAGUGCUAUACUCUGUGUACAAUGUGAAACCACACAACCUUACUCUGUACUCUCUCCCCGUUUUUCCUUCAAUCUCAUAUUUUAAGCACCCUGUCUCAUUCAUCUCCUCUUCCUAAAUAUACUCUCUGUCACCUCAUUGCACUGCAGUCGCUAGCUCUCAACAAUUCCACAGUAUCCUCUCUUUAACCCAUUCCAUUCUACACUGUUUUCUCCUCCCUCUCCCUCCUAUGUCUCCCCUCACCCCUCCCUCUCUUCCCCUGUACCCACUCCCACUCUCUCCACCCCCCCACAAGUCAUCUCAACCCCACAGACAUCUAGAUAAUAAAUCUUCCUUUGUACUGACGCACUGUCAGCAAACAGUAAAUGUUACAUUCUGAUGUGCAUAGAACAGGAAUGGAUCAUCAUAUUUUUCCUGUUGUGUACUUUUUACAUGCAGACUCCCUCUGAAAGACUCCAGUUUGCAGGGAUGUUGAAUUUACUGUAAAUAUGCCACUGAUGUUCUGUGACAGGCUACGUACUGUGAUGUGCUUUGGUAUCAUUUGCACUCACUUGGAUAAUAAUUAUCGUUCGCAAUGUGUGAAGGUGGAAUUAAAGUUAUUUAUUAACACUU